GCUACCCUCACACUCGAAACUAUACACAACAUUUACACAAUGUUACCUGCUAAAUACCAGCCUGUUUUGCAUGAUGAUGACUGCAACUUAUGGCAGAAGGAGCCAAUCAGACAGAAUUUCAAGAGCCUUGAAGAAAUACGCCUUUCAAGGAAGCAAGUUGAAUCUAUGCUUCAAGACACCAUCAGUGUGAUCAAGGAAGAUCCAUCUUGGUGUGUCCUGAUCAGUUCUUGGUGCCUUGUCACCAUUGGUACCAUCCCAUCUUUGGAUGAUACCCCUUCGCUAUUUAUGUUACGAGAGGGCCUAGAUAGGAUCCUCCAAAAAGAGCUUCAUCCUCAACCCAAGGCAUCCCAGGUUUUGAUGGAUAUGGAUUCUGAUAGCGAGGAUAAUUCUUCUGAGUGGGAAGAUUCACCAUCUGUUGUUGUGAAGCAGGCUGAGUCCCAUGAUGUUUCCAAGCCUCACAAAUCAAAGCUUCAUAAGUUUUGGCUGUUUCUGAUAUUUAAAUUAAUGUUGAUUGAUUUAGAAUUCACUGCCAAUGAUGCACCCAUCAAGUGCAGAGAGUGGGCAGAGGCUAUUCAGUUGUAUUUUUUCAAAUACCAGGACUUAACUCCAACUCAGCUUCAGCUUGCAGAAGCAAAGGCAGUUGACACUCUCGUUACGAUCCGCCUGAUAGGGGCUUCUACAUAUCAAUCUAAAUUUUGGCCAAUUGAGGUCAAGAAAUCUUCCCUCUACCAGCUACUCUGCACAAUCUGUGCACCAGAUACUGUGCUUGAGCUAUCUGCUGAUCAUCUUGCAGCAAGUUCAUGUAAAUAUCAAUGGGCAGCAAGUUUUGGUCUAAUUUUGCAUCAAUGGACCAAUUCAAGUGCUUUCAGAGACCCUCCACCAGAGCCCAAGUCCCUGAAAAAUACUGGUGGGCGGUUUCUUGAGCCAUUCCUGCUGCCAGUCAACCUUCAUGUGUUGGUUUUCUUCUGGAUGAGGCAGCAUUUAUUGCUGCAUGUAACACCUGGCUUUACACUACUCUUGAGAAGCAUGGGCAUAAGGAAAAUUGAUUUUGACCCUGCCAAGCUUUAUCACAAGAUCUUAUCUGAGUUGCGCUGCAUCAUUGAAGAGACCAUUGCAUCCAGGGCAUUUUUGAAAUGUAUACAGCGUGAGGCAUUUGGGAGGGAUACUAAAGUUCCAGAGCAGCUUCAGAAGAAUAUUUCUUCUGAACAUCAGAGACGUAACCCAUCCCGCUCUGUUCGAGACUCUGCUCCUCCACAGUCUGAAUCUCCACCACCUCCUCCUUCCAUUCCAGAUUCUUCUCACUCCACUUCCUACACUCGCUCAUCUUGUGAUCAAUGCUCAGCUCUACCUUCUUCUGAACACUGUGUCUUGCUUCUUAAUGUUAAAAGACGGACUGAUGUCCAAGACCUGUUUGGAUCCUUGGUCACCUGUGCCCCUUCUGAUGACUGUCUUCCCCUUAAUCUCAAGGAGGGUCAAGCAGAUGACCCUCACUAUGUGCACCCUCACAAUGAUUUGCAUCUGCAAUGUAUGGCAUUCCAUCCUGAAGUAUAUGCUUGCUGCAAGCGCGACAUUGUACAAAUGAUUGAUGUUGAAACUGGUAAAUGUGUUGGAGGUGUUAUCUUUAAUGCCUUCAAUGAUGCCAGCCUUCAAGAGAUGUGUGAAAAUCACAAAGCUAUUGUACACAAUCCUAGUGUACAACAAGGUGAGCCAAGGGUGGCCGUCGUGGUGAUGGGUAUAGCACAUACCCCCCUUUUAUGUGGUGACUCUGAAGAGCAUAUUCAUGCUAUAUUUCGUCAUGCACGUGAUGCUGGUGCACUUCUUCAAAGUGUGAAGUAUGCUGCUCCUCAUGUAGCCAAGGAUAUCAAGGAGAAGAGUGCAGCUGCUGAAAUGAAUCGUCUUGGUACCAGUGGUGCCAAUAUUUUCUACUGCUCCAAUUAUCUUAGCCCUCAGCACUUUGACCAUGAUGCCUCCUGGUCCAUUUGUUCUCAAUUGGACAAGGCAGGAACUGCUGAUGAGUGGAACUUUUGUUACACUGAAUGGGGUGCAUACAUUCAAACUCGAGCAAAUACAGUUUGGUGGUUUGAUUCCAGCCACCUUCAUGGCACCAUGGCACCAGCUGCCUCUGUUAUUCAGCAAGCAAAGCACCUUCGUGGAGGUGCCUUGUCUACAGGAAACCAUCUUACUGCAAGGAAAAGGGAUAUGCUAAGGGCUCGUGCAAUUGCAGACAUGCGUAGGCGAGUUGCACAAAGGGAGCAGUGGUGGGAAGAUGUUGUUAUAUGA